UGAUCAAAAUCAUGUGUUCAUCUAUUUGCGUAUCUCCGCCUUUUUUCGCCACACUCAUUUCUUCUUCUUUUUCAGGCAAUUUAAAACCUUCACUCUGUUUCUUUAGAAACAGUAACAGUUCUGUUAUACCCAAAUCCAAACACACCCUUUCUUUAUCUUUAUCAUUAUCUUUAUCUUCAAUGGCAUCUUCCACUUUUCAAGUCCAUGCUUCAUCCUCUACUGAUGCAGCAAGUGAAGAACUAGACAGUUCAUCUUCUUCCUAUGUUGGAGCAAGUGAUUUGCUGAUUGUUGGACCAGGUGUUCUUGGUCGCUUAGUUGCAGAAAAAUGGCGUGAGGAACAUCCAGGAUGCCAAAUUACUGGGGAGACGGUUACAACUGACCACCAUGAUGAACUUAUCAAAAUGGGGAUUACUCCAACUAUAAAGGGAGUUAAGAGGGACCAUAAAUUCCCUUUCGUGAUUUUCUGUGCCCCGCCUUCUAGGAGUUCAGACUAUGCUGGUGAAGUCGGGGCAGCUGCAUCACUCUGGAAUGGUGAAGGUUCUUUUCUGUUUACUUCAAGUUCAGCACCAUACGAUCGCUAUGACAAUGGAGAUUGUUAUGAGGACAGUCCUGUUGUACCAGUUGGGAAGAGUCCCAGGACGGAUAUUCUUUUAAAAGCAGAGAAGAGUGCUUUGGAUGCGGGUGGAUGUGUUGUUAGGUUGGCAGGACUCUACAAAGUAGAUAGAGGAAUGCACCUAUAUUACUUGCGAGUGGGAACUGUUGAAGCCAACCCAGAUCACCUUGUCAAUCUCAUCCAUUAUGAGGAUGCUGCCUCUCUUUCAGUUGCAAUUCUGAAAAAGAAACUUCGCGGUCGGUUAUUUUUGGGCUGCGACAAUCAUCCUGUAUCCAGACAAGAAGUGAUGGACUUGGUUGCUAAGAGUGGGAAGUUUGAGAAUACGUUUGUGGGCUUUACAGGCACAGAUGGUGUUCUAGGUAAAAAAUUGAACAACUCAAGGACACGGGAGGAGAUAGGAUGGGAGCCAAAAUAUACAAGCUUUGCUCAUUGUCUGGGGGUCGCCAGUUAACAUCACACAGUUUUUGUUUAUUUUUUCCCUGGGCAAUUUACCUGAAUGGUUGAAUCAACAGGGGGGGGGUGGAUAUUCUAUUUUUUGAUUAACGAUCACCGAUUAUGCAUACUUUUGUGCAACCAAAUUGUGCUAACAUCGGGAAGUAUGACUCCUUGAUAAAUAUUGUACUUUACAUUAACUCAGUAUUUACUCAUAUAUGACUUGUUUAGUGA